AGGAAGAGCAGCUGAUGAAGAUGAGGAGGAGAGGGGAUCAGAGAGAUGACAGCACCACGCUCAUCGCCAUGGAAACCAAGCCGGACGGUAGCUAUGGCAGCAUCACCAUGGAUGCACCUGUGCGGCCCGAGGACAGGAACGUGUUCAGCGACGGCUCGACUCGUAUUGACUUUGUGCUGGUGUGGGAGGAGCCUCAGGAGGAGGAGAAGACAGCUGAUAGGUCGGAGCACAGGAAGUGGAGGGAGGACUUCCUGGACAAGCUGAAACGCUCCGGACUGCUGAUGGAGCAGAGGGAGGUUGUCCAGGAGAAGACGAGGAUCUGUUUUGUCCUCCUCAGCGCUCCGUGGAAUGUCCUCUGUUACUACGCUGAGGAGAUCAGCCUGAGAGUCCCACUGCAGGUGGUCACCGCUCCCAACCUUCACUGGUCUGAGCAGGUUCUGGAGCAGCUGUCCUUCCCGAACCCUCUGAGACAGGAAGUCCCCAACCCUCCACCUUACUACUACACCUGUCAGUUCAGGACCAACAAGCUGGAGAGGUUUCUGGGGACCGAGAACACGGAGACAUUCUUCAAGACGACUCAGAGACAUCAGGUGCUCUAUGAGAUUCUGGCUCGGACUCCGUACGGCUCAGUGAAGAAGGGACGAGUCGGCAUCGACCGUCUGCUCAGUGAGCAGGUCUUCACUGCUGCCUACCCUCUGCAUGAGGGAGGGUACAAGCUGCCGACCCCCCCGGUCCCCCCGGAGUCUCUGGGUCUGAGACAGAUCCUGUAUGCGUACUGGGCCAAGUGGAGCUGCUGGAGACACUACCAACCUCUGGACCACAUCAGGGAGUACUUUGGAGAGAAGAUAGCGCUUUACUACGCCUGGCUCGGUUUCUACACCGGCUGGUUGUUGCCCGCCUCGUUCCUCGGGACUGUGAUCUUCCUGGUCGGUUUCUGGCUCGUAACGACUGAUGUUCCAGCGAUGGAGUUGUGUAACAGUGGAAAUGACUUCAUCAUGUGUCCUCUCUGCAACAUCUGCUCCUACUGGAACUACUCCAGCAUCUGUGUCACCUACAAGGCGGGUCUUCUCUUUGAUAAUGGGGGAACAGUGUUCCUCAGUGUGUUCAUGGCUCUGUGGGCCGUUACCUUCCUGGAGUACUGGAAGAGAACCUGCUCCACCCUGUCUCACCGCUGGGACUGCUCCGACUUCCUGGACGUCGAGGAGCGACCCCGGCCUGAGUUCACUGCCAUGGCUCCGAUGACGAUGAGGAACCCGGUGACGGGAGCGGAGGAACCGUACUUCCCCGAAAACACACGAUUCAGCAGAACUCUGACCGGCUGCAUGGUCAUCAUCAUCAUGGUGAUCGUGGUCCUGAUGUUCCUCAUCGCCAUCAUCCUGUACCGAACCAUCCUCAGCAUCAUCAUCUACAAGUCUCACAACGCCUUCGUCAGCGGCUUCGCUUCCAGGAUCGCCAGUAUUUCAGGGUCCGUGUUGAACUUGUUGGUCAUCCUCAUGUUGUCUCGAGUUUACAUCUCACUGGCUCACAUCCUCACCCGCUGGGAGAUGCAUCGUACUCAGAGACAGUAUGAAGACAUGUUCAUCCUCAAAGUUUUCAUCUUCCAGUUCAUCAACUUCUACUCGUCUCCAGUUUACAUCGCGUUCUUCAAAGGCAGGUUCGUCGGUUACCCCGGCAACUACUACACGCUGUUUGGAGUCCGCAACGAAGACUGUGGAGCAGGUGGAUGUCUCAUUGAACUGGCCCAGGAGCUGCUGGUCAUCAUGGUGGGAAAACAGCUGAUUAACAACGUCCAGGAGUUCAUCAGCCCGAAGUUGAUGGCGUGGUGGCAAAAGAGGAAGCUGAAGCCGAAGAAGAAGGAGGGGGAGGGGGAGGGGGGGCAGGAGGGGCAGAGGGGGGAGAAGGAGGUGAAGGAGGAGGUGGAGGAGGAGGUGCUGCUCCCCUGGGAGGCGGACUACCAGCUGCUGCUCUGUGAGGGUCUGUUCAGCGAGUACCUGGAGAUGGUGAUCCAGUUCGGCUUCAUCACCAUCUUCGUGGCGGCGUGCCCCCUGGCGCCGCUCUUCGCCCUCGUUAAUAACUGGGUGGAGAUCCGUCUGGACGCUCAGAAGUUCGUGACGGAGUACCGGCGGCCGGUGGUGGAGCGCGGCCAGGACAUCGGCAUCUGGUUCCCCAUCCUGCAGUUCAUCUCGCACGCCGCCGUCCUCAGCAACGCGUUCCUCAUCGCGUUCACGUCGUCCUUCCUCCCGCGUCUCUACUACCGCUACACCCGAGACAGCAACCUGAGCGGCUUCAUCAACUUCACCCUGGCGACGUCUCCACGCAACUACAGCCGGCAGCACGACACUUCCUGCAGGUAUCGCGGCUACAGGGAUAUGAACGGAGACUUCCUGCCGGAGUAUUUUCACCUGCUCGCCAUCCGGCUGACUUUCGUCAUCGUGUUUGAGCACGUGGUCUUCUUCGUGGGCCGUCUGAUCGACUUGAUGGUGUCGGACAUCCCCGAGGAGGUGGAGCUGAAGAUCAAGAGGGAACACUACAUGGCUAAAGAGGCGCUGGCGGAGAACCAGGCUCUCGGGAACAUCGUGGUUCUCGGUGACGACGUCCAGUCCGGAGAACUGCGGAGACGUGGAUCCAAAACCUCGCCACCGCAGACUGACUCCCCCUCACCGAACCUGAAGGGGAUCCCCGAGGAACCAGAAGCACCAGGCAAACCCUGA